CUUGGUCCAANUUUUCAAGGCCAUACAUACGACAUAGUGUCUGCAUUUCAGGUAUAUGGAGAAUAUGUAAGCGGGUUGAUAAGUGAUGAACAGAGGAAGAAUGUUGUCCGCAACUCUUGCCCGGGCGCUGGGGCUUGUGGUGGUAUGUAUACAGCUAAUACAAUGGCUUGUGCUAUUGAAACAAUGGGCAUGUCUCUUCCUUACAGCUCGUCAACGCCCGCUGAGGAUCCACUAAAGUUGGACGAAUGCCGUUUAGCUGGAAAAUAUCUUCUGGAAUUAUUGAAGAUGGAUUUGAAACCCCGGGAUAUUAUUACAGAAAAAUCACUACGAAAUGCAAUGGUUGUUGUUAUGGCUUUGGGUGGUUCCACUAAUGCAGUGCUACACUUGAUUGCUAUAGCAAGGUCUGUUGGUUUGAAUUUAACCCUUGAUGAUUUUCAGAAGGUCAGCGAUCAGGUUCCUUUACUUGCCGAUCUUAGGCCGAGUGGAACAUAUGUCAUGGAGGAUAUUCACAAGAUUGGAGGAACACCUGCAGUUAUUCGUUAUUUGUUGGAGAACGAACUUUUAGAGGGAGAUUGUUUAACUGUCACGGGAAAAACGUUAGCCGAAAACGCUAAACUUUUCCUACCCUUAACUGAAGGGCAGGAUGUUAUUCAAUCUUUGGAGAAUCCCAUCAAGAAAACAGGGCACCUUCAAAUAUUAUAUGGAAAUCUUGCUCCCGAGGGUUCAGUAGCUAAGAUCACUGGAAAGGAGGGGCUAUAUUUCUCUGGUCCUGCUCUUGUUUUUGAAGGGGAAGAAUCGAUGAUUGCAGCAAUAACAGAGGACCCUUCAAGUUUUAAGGGGAAAACGGUGAUCAUUAGGGGUGAGGGCCCUAAAGGGGGACCGGGCAUGCCUGAAAUGUUAACACCGACUAGUGCCAUAAUGGGGGCUGGUUUGGGGAAGGAAGUGGCAUUGCUGACUGAUGGUAGAUUCUCCGGUGGUUCACACGGCUUCGUUGUCGGUCACAUAUGCCCUGAAGCAUUGGUGCGUUUUGUUUCUCACUUUCCAUUCAGAGUAGGGAGAGUUCAAUAUGUCGAGAAACAAAUAGGAAACCUUUUUGGUUUCAGUUUAAUGCAAAAUUUUCUCCUUUUCCUCCCCCCUUGUGCCCCCAUCUUUGAUCAAAUAAUGUUCAAAUGCUUCGAUGUCCAGAACCGGAGUAUUGAUGUUCAAUUAUCCGAACAAGAGCUGGAAGAACGAAGAAAGAACUGGAUUCCACCUGCAUACAGGGCUACCCGAGGCGUUCUCUACAAGUACAUCAGGAAUGUGCAGGCGGCAUCGAAAGGGUGUGUGACGGACGAGUAGGACGAACCGGGAGGUUGUAGUUAGAGAUCCUUCCUCUAGUUCCCAUUUAGACCAACUCAACAAACCCAGUUCCUAAGAGCACUUCCACUCCCUUUCUUGUUUGCUUCAUCAUUUUUUAUCUCAUUAUUGUUAUUGUUGAGAUACAAUUGUUUGAUUGUUUGUACAUGCAAUAAAAUGAAUUGUUUAU